AUGGUCGCAAGUCAAUCAUCCAAGAAACCUUCGCCAUCUGGUGAGAAGAAAGUGAAGCGCGAUAAACUUAGUUCGAGUAAAAGGGGGAAUGCUGCACGCCCAGAUGAGGGGAUUAAAGGUCGUCAACGUAAACGAGACUACCACAAAUAUUCUACUUAUAUUCUCCGAAUUAUGCGCGAAACCAGACCAGAGCUGAAUGUUUCUUUGAAGGCCAUGAAAGUUUUCAAUUCAUUUGUGUGUGAUUUAUUGGAGCGUUUGGCAACAGAAGCUGGGAGGUUAGCUAAUUUUGGAAACUCCAACAAACAAACAAUGGGAGCUCAUGAAAUACGCACAGCAGUGAAAUUGAUUCUCAAUGGAGAGUUGCAGACCAACGCGCUAAACGAAGGAGACAGAGCGGUUAGAAAAUUCAUUGAUGAGUUUGUAGUGCAACAACCAUCACAAAAGACGCACUAA